UUUCAAUUUAAAUACUAUCGUAAUACUAUGUACCUACGUUGUGUUUUAUACCAAACGUUUUGGGUGAUUUGUCUUCGAAAUACAAAAGACGAGUAUGUUGAAUUAUUAAAUUUGCAUCGAAUGGGAUUUCACGUCGAGUGUAAAAGUUUGGCACACAUAAUGAAAACAAAAAGGCAGACCUCGAAAAGAAACAAUACCAAGAAGCUGGUAAAAAAGCGAUCUGUUGGAAGACCUCGAAAAUCAAAAAUUAAGUAUGAUGAGUUGUCUUCAAAAACGCCAUUAAAGACUAUAAAAAUGCGUACUCAAGUAGCUACUAGUUUUUCAGUUGAAAAAGCUCAAAAUCGUUCAACUGUCAGACCAUCAAAGACUAAUUCUGAAGUUCAUGUAUCUUCUAGCUCUGUGGAAAACAUUGUCUAUCAACCUCCAAUUGCAAAGACUACAAGUGCACUUUUAAGAAAUAUGUUACUUUCAACAGAUAGAACUAGGUUUAAUAGAUCUACUACAAAUACUUGUCUUACUAUUUCAAACAAUAACAAUCCAUAUUGUAAUUAUUAUCAGUUGGAUAAAUCAAAACCCCUAAAUCUAGAAAUUUCACAUAGAACUUCAUCGUUUGUUGAAAAUUCGAGCCGAGGUAAGUGGAAGAACAGCAAUAAAAAGUUGAACAUGCCUACAAAUGAAAUCAAAUCUACUGUAUCUGGAAAUAGUUACCUACCUAAUCUUCAGUCUUUUCCUGAUAUCCCACAACUUGCUGAUGUCGAUAUUAAUGCGAGUUUUGAGCUAGAUAAUUCAAACUAUAGCAUGAAUGAUCAAACUGAUACAGAAACAUUGUGUAUUGAUGACUCUGAUACUUUGAGUAAUGAAUCUGCAGAAAACAUCGAACAAGAGCAGCAAGAAUUUGAUCAACGUUGGGCUAUGUCAGUUCGUAUGGAAAGUGGAGAAAUGUCAACACCUUUUGUUAAUUGUGAAACUUUUAAUUCACUAGAUGAUGUUUCUUUGUUAGGGCCACAAGAUACAGCAUUAGUACAAAACGAUGUUAUUCAAAAUUACAUAGAAACAAAUGAUGUUCAAUUCAUGCAGCUACCAGAUUCCAGUUGUGAAGUGAUCAGGACCUUGCAGUACUAUGAGUCUAGAUUAUUAACAAGUCCUUGGUCUUUUCCAGAACACUUGCAGAAUCAUAAUGAGCCUAUUUCAAACCAACAGACAGGGCUAAACGAGCAAUUAAAUACAACAGCAUCAAAUCAUACUUUAGCAGAAUUUGCAAAUAUGCUUCCUUGUCCAAUUGCUGGUUGCUUAUGGUAUUCACACUCUGCAACUUUAUAUGUUCAUUUGUUUACAUGUCACCAAGAAAUGAUAUAUUAUGGAAAUUCAAUUUCACACGUGUUCAGGUGUCAAGAUAUACAAAACUUUUGUUUUUUUACCCAUUUACAAUUUAUACAAAAUACUAUUUACAUAAUCACAGUUGCAUUUGAUGGCUACAGUCACACAUUUGUCGCCACCAUUCAGCAUGUUUCGUCAUAUGGUGACAAUACAAGUGCUUCGCAAACUACAGCUAUACUGACCACUAGUUCUCUAUGUAAUGAUACUGAUCAACAUUCAUGGAGUGGCCCAGUACAGCCUUAUAGUGUUCCAUUAGAUGUACUUCAUGCUGAUGGUAGAUGUUUAUUUAUUGAUCCUACAAAUUCUGAACAAAUGAUUAUCAAUGUCGACUUAACAGUACCAUUGGUUUAUUCAAAUGAUUCAAUGUUUGCCUGCUUAUGAUUAUUAUAUUAGUAUUAUUUAUCAUACUCUAUAGUACCCAUAACACUUUAAGUUUUAUGUUUUACAAAACAUUUUUGUUACAUGUUUAAUUGUUUUUUCC